AUGAAACGCCGCUUGAGUUUCUCAAUGUUUCUCCUUCCCUUGCUUGCCCUUCGAAGUUCAGGGCUAAGUUGUGGCCCAGAGGAAUAUCCCUUGGACCAAGUGAAAUGCUGUCGCUAUUGUGCACCUGGAACAGAAAUGCGAGCCCGCUGCACGGCAAACACCGAUACCCUUUGCGAACCAUGUGAGGAGGGAUCCUUUAACCGGAUAUUCACUUUGUGGGCCUGUCAGAGCUGUGCCAUCUGUGACCACACCGAUGGACUUCAGCAGGUGAAGAAGUGUGAAAGCACUUCCGAUGCGGAUUGCAUGUGUCUCCCGGGCUACCAGCCAUCCUCCUCUGAGCCCAGCAAGCAAAGAUGUGACCCCUGUCCCCAUGGGCAUUUCUCCAAAGGAUGGAACAAACCAUGCACUCCCUGGACAAACUGUACAGCCACAGGCAGAGCAGUUUUCCGAGCUGGGAGCAAGGAGGACGAUGCCGUUUGCGACAAAGACCCCUCGGCGCCUCCAAUGACCGAGUUCCCCGCCGGGCGUUCCUCGAGGAGAGAAAUGGCGCGUGCCACGUUGGUUACAAAGCCCGCCUCGACUUCAUCGACUUUGGUUGCUUCGACUGCUUUGACAACAGAGGGGCCAGGAGGUGGCAUGAAGAGCCCUGGGUAUUUAUUGUACAUCCUUGUUGCUGCAGCCCUGCUUCUUGGAUUGGGGGUGAUCAUUCUGCUGAAGGUUUUUCGGAAAACUAAGGAACCAGGGAGGUUCCUGGAACAGAUAUAUAAGGAUGGAAAAAACAGCUUCCGUAUCCCUAUCCAGGAGGAGCAAAUUGACACCAAAUCCAGCCUUGUGCGAAACUGA